UCAGGGGAAACAGAGUAUAAAUUUUGAGUAUCCAAAGUAUCCAAACUCAUGCAAUCCAACUAUGUAGCUAGAAUAUUUUUGAUAUACCAUUAAUAUCUUUUAAUAUGUUACAAUAAAUUAUUCUGCAGAAAACAGCCAAAUUAUUUGGACAGUAGAAUUUCAGGUCUGUAAUAUUAGGACCUACUAAUUUGUCCCAACUUCCUUAAUAGCUAAGAUAAAAAUGUCAGUAUAUCAGAUCGGCAUUAACCAAAAAUGUCAUACAUCUUGACAAAGCUAACUCUCCUUAAACUUCUAACGUAUCUCUUAAUUCCAAGACCAACAUGUUCGCACAAACAAUGUCUAAUAAAUGUAAAACCUCGGUUACGUUUUUGAUACAUAAGCGGCUACUUGAUAUGGGAAAAGAUGGACCAAGCUCUUUCCCCACCCCCACCCUGUUAUUCUUUUGGGGACAGCCAGGCCACUCCAGAUGGUGUGUUACUGUUCGACAUAGCUUUGGAGAAACUUCAACAGACGAAGGCUGUAAUGUCAGGAUUUUGCUGUGCGUCGUCCCCCUUCCCCCCCUGCAGUUCCCAGGGUAGGAAGGUGCUGAGAUGGAAGCUGAGGGACGCCCGCCCACCUGCCACCACCUGUUCCCUCCCUCAGCCCUCUGCUAUAAAUUCUCCUCCUUCAAAGCUUCAUCCAGCACUCUCCGACAGCUACUGCGGAAAAAGCGCUCCUUCUCUCCCUGAGCAUCUGCAAAAGAUUUCGUCUUCCUGAAAAAGAAGUCUCGGGCUUUCCCAGAGGACUUGAAAGAUCUUCCCCAAACCAGCCACACCACACUCUGCAGCAAGAAGGUUCCCUUCUCUUUUCUAACCUCACGUUGGGAAAAUGACUUUCUCUUCAGCACCUCAGUUUUCCCCAAAUUUGAGCAAGUGAAGAGACAGCAGUCUGGUUAUCCAGUAGGACGGAAGGCGGGGUCCCGUACUCCCCACUGUAAACUCUGAUUCCACGCGAGUCGCUUCGUGUAUGACUUACUCGCUCAGAAGAGCCACGUUGCGGAGCGGCUCCACAGACCGGCUCGCGCGCAGGUCCUGAGCGGGCGAGCGAGCUCAGAGCCGCCCUCCUUCCGGCCUGGGAUGAAGUCCUGCAAGCCCAGCAACCCCGCGGCGGGAACGCGCGCCGCGCCCGCGUGCGCAGGCGGCGCCGAGUGCGCGGGUGCGUGCGCCGGGGCUGGGCGGCUGGAGAGCGCGGCGCGCAGGCGCCUGGCGGCCAACGCGCGCGAGCGCCGGCGAAUGCAGGGGCUCAACACCGCGUUCGACCGCCUGCGUAGGGUGGUGCCCCAGUGGGGCCAGGAUAAAAAGCUGUCUAAGUACGAGACCCUGCAGAUGGCACUGAGCUACAUCAUGGCGCUGACCCGUAUCCUGGCCGAGGCCGAGCGAUUCGGCUCGGAGCGGGACUGGGUCAGUCUCCACUGUGAGCACUUUGGCCGCGACCACUACCUUCCGUUUGCGAGCGCGAAGCUGCCGGGUGAGGGCGAGUCCUACGGCCAGAGGCUCUUCGGCUUCCAGCCGGAGCCCUUCCAGAUGGCCAGUUAGGGCGCGCCCCCUGCCAGGGGGAGAUGCCCAGAGAUCGAGCUCCAGAACCGUAGCCCUUUCCCCAGGAGGUGGCCAAGGAUGCGUUCUUAGAUUAAAAUAGCAAACUUUCAGGUCACUUUUAUUCGCGUCACUGGUUUUAUGGACACGAUUUUAUUGCCUUUCUCUUCCUCCUUAUUAGUAUUUUGUAGACUACAUUGAUGGAACUUGUGAGUGGUUUUGAUUCCUGUGAAAAUAAUGCCCCCUCUCCCUUUUGGGGGACGACUUUAAGGGAAAACAAUCUUAAGAAAAAAUAGGAUUAGGCUAUACUGCAGUGUUAGUCCUCAGAGAAACAAUCACUUUCUUAAACUUUGUAAGUUUGACGUGUUCGGGUGAAGUUACAGUAUUCAUUACGUGUGUAUGCUUAAGACAGCUACCUACCCGUCGUGUAAAUACAUUUAUGCUUACUGCAUUGUGUGUGUAUGCAUGAAGUAGUCAUACUUUUUUUUUUUUUUUUUUUUUGCUAGAGUACCUGGCGUGAGUGCUCUGUAUUUUUAAAUGUAAUUAUUAAAAUAUAGAUUUUGUAAUAUAGAAAUAAAAAUGUGAGCUUGUUUUUUAUGCUAAGUGCCCUGCUAGUUUCCUGAUGGCAAUAAAGGCCUAUUGGGGGCGAAGAUAUUGAGUGCUUCCCUGAGUGAAGAUGUGAAAUGUUUAAAUCUAAUUGCACCAAUUGGCAGAUGUGCUCUUUUCUAAUACUAAAAAAGGCAAGCUGAUGAGAAUACAAUAAUUAAACUGAAGGCUUUCUCUGUAACUUGGAACUAUAGAUGUAUUAUUUUUCAUGUUUUUUUUAAAGGUUAAAUUAAUCUAAAUAACAUUUAGCUAUUAAGUAGAUAUACA